UAGAGCUGUCUCCCCUCAUAUCCAGCUUACAGAUAGGCAGUCGGCUCAUCUGGCUUUUCUCAAUUUCAUCAUUUUUCCUGUGUUGUGCCAUAUUCUCAGUCAUACUUUGAAUUCUACCAACUAUCCCUCUGUCGUUGAGUGUGAUCCCUCUUCGCAGCGCAUCAGCUCUACCCUCCUCAAUACUCCUUCCCGCACCUGCAUUACGUAUCAUGGCCGACGAUACCGCCACGACUGAAGAUUCGCCCAUCACCUUCACAAUCAAAUCCUCCAAUGACGCCAAAUAUACCCUGACUCUUCCUCUUUCUACUCAAGUCUCGGAAUUAAAAGAGAAGCUCUCAUCUUCCGAAUAUGCCGAUACUCCAGCUGAACGUCAGCGCUUGAUCUACUCUGGGAGAGUGCUCAAGGAUAAUGAGACUCUAGCCACUUACAAGAUCAAAGAUGGCCACACUGUCCAUUUGGUAAAAAGCGCUGCUAGUAAUCAGAGACAGGGUGGGGCUACGCAGAGUGCGGCUACAUCUGCACCUACUGGUACCUCGGCUGCUCCUUCAGCUGGUGCUGUGCCCACCAAUCUCGCUGCCGGUACUGGUAAUAACCCGCUCGCGGGCCUGACAGGUGCAAGAUACGCUGGAUUUGCACAGCUUCCGGGUGCUGGCAUGUUCGGUCCAGAUGGCGGGAUGGGACCUCCUCCCGACGCCGAAAGCAUGCUCAACAUGCUUGAGAACCCCCAGUUUCAAUCUACCAUCAAUGAAGCCCUGCAGAACCCAGCCAUGAUCGACAUGAUGAUCCAACAAAAUCCCAUGUUGCGUGAUAUGGGUCCUGGAGUGCGGCAAAUGAUGCAGAGCCCUGAAUUUCGCCGCAUGCUCACCGAUCCCAAUUCUAUCCGUCAUAUGUUGCAGAUGCAGAGGGCAUUUGGUGGCGGCGGAUUGGGCGGAGGUAGUGCGUUCCCAGCGCCUGGAGUGACCAACACGACGCCCGAGGAGAACAGAAACAACCAGAACAACAACAAUGCGAAUGCGGCUGCAGCGGGCGCGCCUCCUUUCAACCCUUUCGCUCCUCCUGCGCUAGGAGCCGGCAAUCCUUUCGCUGCUCUUUUCGGCGGAGCCCCACCAGCUUUCGGCGCCAAUCCGUCAAGUACCUCGACAGCUGCAGGUGGCGAUGAAUCCCAAGGCACGCAAGGAGCAACUGGCAGCGCCGCUCCUGGUAGCACAACUACCAGUGAGGGCCAGAACCAGCAGAAUCUUCAGAAUCCAUUCAGUUUCUUGAUGAACCCCGCCAUGUUCGGAGCUACAGGCUCUCAGGCUGGACAGGCCGGCUUAAAUCCUUUCAAUCCGCAGCAGAACCCCUUCCUUCGAGAUCCCGCACUGCUGUCGCAGAUGAUGCAGGCCAUGGGAGCCCAAGGAGGUGCGACCGGUGCUAAUCCUUUGGCGGCUCUGCUUGGAGGCGCCGGCCUUGGAAGCCCUCCGCCGCAGGACAAUCGGCCGCCUGAAGAAAGAUACGCGGACCAACUGCGACAACUCAACGAUAUGGGCUUCUUUGAGUUCGAGAGAAAUGUGGAAGCUCUGCGACGCUCAGGCGGCAGCGUUCAGGGCGCUGUAGAGUAUCUCUUGAGUCAUCCUUCGUAAUCUCUGGGACUCCUUGCGCUGUGCGAUUUCUCUCCUCUUUCCCUUCCGUCUGGUCGGUUCGCGGUGCAUCGGCUGGAUGUCCUUCAUUUGCCAGCACAACCCAAUCCUGUUGGCGGCUUCAUCUUCUGUCUUCUUAUUCUCGACACAUUACCUUACGAUUACCCCUCGGCGAAUUAGUUUCCUCAAAUGUGAAAUAGCCUGAUAGGCGACCGUUUGGACAGCUUAGUGUAACUUUUCAACUUCAGGUCCCAGGUGAGACGGUAGGCACGAUAGACUUUCUGAUUUGUUUGUGUAUGUUCAUAAUCUCUCAUGAAGCUGAUUAUUCAGCAUUCUCCAUCGUUA